CGUUACAAGAGACGGAACUAAUGCGCUCCGUGUGCACCCGGAACGUUUUGAGUUCGGACCAAGGGAACGGAAGUCGUGUUUGUGCUGUCUUGCGGAGGUCAAGGUCCUGGUUCCAUUCAUCAGUGCCAUUAAUUAAGGGCCUCGCGUUAGCGGCGGAGGAGCUGUUGGUCGUAACACAGCCAUGGCGAAGAAAAAACGACUUCGCCUCAUAGCCGAGAUGGCUCGGAAGAUCCGGGCGUACCGAGAGCUCAAGUCCCGGCCGCGGGAGUCUCAGAAGUACGCCCUGGACUAUGAGACUAUGAAGCGGCCUCUGACGGGGAAGAUGCUGCCCGUGCUAGCGUGGCAGGACGUCCGCAGGGAGAGCCGCCUCUUCUCUCUGCUGGCAGGUAUGAAGAUGUUCGGAGUGGGCCGCCUCUUCACACGCAAGUCCUGGCUGGAGGACCACACGGAGCCCAGCUACUGGCAGAUCACCAAGGUCAAGGUGGACUACACAGCUGAGAACAUGGAUCAUGGCAAAGCAUGGGGGAUCCUCACAUACAAAGGAAAACAGGAGAGCGAGGUCAAGGAGAUGGAUAAGGUGAUGUACCACGACUGGCGUCUUAUUCCCAAACACAUCGAGCAGCAGUUCAAGGACUUUGAGCCACUUCCUGAGCCUCCUGUGACCUAUGUCCUCUACCCUCCACUGCUGCGUGCCAUGAAGCUGGCCCAGCAGAGGAGGGCCCAAGGCAGCGCAGUGACAGAGGAGCCCCUCUUGCCGUUACAGAGGGAUGUCGUGUUCAACAAAGACUAUUUCCGCAGGCAAGAGGAGGAACGGCAGAGAAACGAGGGGACAGCAGUGUGAUUCUCAUAAACACUGUUUGCUUGUGGAGAUUUUGGUCCAAAUAAGUGUUUGCAAAAGGAGUGAAUGUCUUCUCUGUGCGUACACUGGAACUCCUCAACAUCUAUGACUUCUAUGUCAUAAAUCAUGUAUUGAAAUGACUCCUGCUAUUUUUAUAUGCUGGAGUAUGUGUAAUGUUCUAAGUAUUAAAUCUAAUGUAAAAUGUUA